GAAGCAUGCUGGUACCUCCCACUAUUGCCUUCCGCCUUCGUGCGCAAUGCUAGCACAUCCAUAAAAUGCCAACAGCGCAAACCCAUGGCGAGCUCCAUUAGCUCUAGCAAUGCACCCGAGCCGAAUCAUAUGCUAGGGUAUUGAUAUCUUAGCUCGACCACUAUCCGUGCUUCUUACCUUAACACCAAAGAUCAGGCCUCCACCAAGAAAAAGGUAUCGCCUACCAUCCAUUAUUCGAGCCUCUCCAUUGACAGCUGCUCUGAUGGUAUCUUCCAAUUACUUUCAACCACGUCCUUCGAAGUUCUGUCUGAGGCACGCAUACCUUCGCCGGCCUAUGUGCUCUCCCAGCCCUCCUGGUCAUGCUCUGGCACAUGCAUUUGGCCCCAUUGAUUUAUUCCCACACCCUCCAACAACAAUUUCUGUGCUAACCCGCAUCGCCGCACGCGACCUGUUCAGCGACCAUAACAAGCCCGUACUGCUCUGACCGGUCUCUGUCGACAUCCAGCAGUCAAUUUUUUUGGCAGCGGAAUAGUCACCCUUGUCGUCCGCCGACCAUUGUGCCGGACACACCUGCACGCAAAAGAGCCAACCUCUUUCGCCUAGGCGCAGUCAACCUCGAGAUCCAGGUUGAUUGUGCCGCAGGCCGAAAGAGCGCACAGAGAUGAUGGCUGUGAGAGCUCCCUUAGGGUUCAGUCCUUCGACGAAUCCCCUGAUAUCACCAUUUUCACCGUUUGGCGAGCAUUCGCACUCCCCUCGACCACGAAGUGCCGCGCCUCCAGAGCAACCGAUGUCCGCGACCGAGAAAGAUGUCUCCGCGAGCGAUAAUCAUCUCAAAGCCCCGCUAGCUAACUACAUUACCUCUCCCCAAGAUCCCAUUGCUCCGUCUCCUGUCAACUCGGAUGUCACAAAUUUCGAAGACGUAGACGAAGAGGUUGAAGAGGAGGGGACAGAACCAAGCUCUAUGACAGAGGUGCCUUUCAGUCCCAAUGCCACCCAGGGAACGGAAGUGACGUCUCCGCGUAGGGAGGGAAUACAUCACAUCGCAACCCCACUGAGAGUCGCGACCGGACCGACACUGGAACAACAAUUUCGACAAAGACUAGACGAGGAGAAGGAACCGCAAUCAGUCAUUCACAUCCCGACAGGGUUUGGCAAAUUUCCCAGUGAUCAAGCAUCGCAAUCCCAAAGUGAGGAGGACUUCAAGUCAGUGGAUGAAGAGCCGGAACAACCAAUGGACGCAGAGACGACGACCAAGUCAUCGACCCAGCAGAAGGACGGUGAAAGGGCACGAGCCGACUCUACCGAUUCACAGGCUUCGGACUCCACUAUCAAGUCGACGGUUCCUGAGUCCAAACCACCUGCUAAAGCUCACGAUGUCCCCAUGCCUCCUACACCUCUUCAAACGUCCCUCCCUGCUCUUCCUUUGCACGAUUGGUCAAGGACGCCGAGAGCACAGACUAGGCAAGAUCUCAGCUCACUGAGUCGUCCCGGCUCAAGCCUGGCCAGUAUCAUGGAAGGCGACGAUACUGACCAUCCAAGUACUGACGAAACAGGCGACGAAAGCCAUAUUGGCACUAAUAUCCUGCGUGACGCGGAAGCUGAAAUCAACGCACUGCGUAAUGCGCUGUCCGAAUGUUGGACGUUGUGUAAUACCCUGGCCAGCCUGAGCCAUAUUCACCGUGAGAGGAUAUUCAACUUUUCUGGAAGAGGUGAUAUGCAAGAACAAGCAUGGAAGUCGUGUUGGAAACUGUGUCAGAACCUCUACAACACUCGAGACGAGAAUGCUCCAGGCUCAUUCUCACAUGGUUCAUCACGACCAACACUGGACCUUUGUCGAGAUUUCUGUCAAACACUGUUCGAAGUUAGAGUGCGCGACAACGAAACUGCGGAUUCGGUGUUGAGGGUCAGCUUCGAGCUGAACAAUCACCUGUACAACACUCAUGAUCGGAGUCUACCAGAAGCAUUUCGCGAAAGGACACUCGAUUUCUACAUCACUCUAUGUCACCGACUAAUGAAGCAAAAGACGAAAAUGGCGGAAGAGACGGAUUCCUUAUUGAAAGCUUGCUGGUCGUUGGCCGAGAUGCUGUUCAGUCUACGCCAGAGCCGGAGAGAAGGCAAGAAGCCAGAUGAAGAACUUCUUGGAUCAGCCAUACAAGCCUGUUGGGAGCUGUGUGAUUUGUUCAGAGAGGGCUGGACGCAGAUUCGUCCUGAAAGAGGCACCCCGCGACCGAGUCAAACAACAUUCACGCAGGCUUUCAAUCAGGCCAAGCGGUCUGGCUUUGCCCCUUUGGACGAGAACGGAAAUCCUAAAAUGCUCCCCGAAACGCCAACAACCAUCUUCGAAGACACAAUCACCACGAUCUCGCCUGAUGAAGCGCCCAUACCCAAUAUCCUUGUCCUUGGUGCGGAAGAAGCCUCAAGGGUGUCCAGCUCAUCUGCUUCAUCAACCUCUGCCCCUGUUCAACGACAGGUCUCACCAAACCCGCCUACCCGACAUCCUCACUCUGCCAAACCAGCACCUAAUACCGCAACUCACAGGUGGUCGUCGAACUCCUCAGUCCUAUCUCUUCCAGCAUCAGCUGUUUCCGAAGGUGGCAUGAAUCCAACCUCUGCAACCACGGUUUCUACUGUUCGCACCCCAGCCGAAGAUCCGACUCUAAUCCUUUUGAAAGCCUUGUUUGUGAAGGCUGCUCUCGCUACUGGUCGAGGUUAUACACGAGCAUCACCUGAUCCUAACCUCAAUUCUCUGCCAAAUUUUGUUAAGAAUCUGCCCGAUGACGCAUUUGGCAAUCAAGCUUGGCAAGUGACUUUGCUAGAGAGCUACCGCAAAGCUGUCAUGAAUGACUCUGGAUUCCGAAACCUGGGCGUUGCCGGCACAUUAGGCGAACGGGGAAGAAUCAGUGCUGUGGAGGUCGCUCGAGCAGUUCGGGGCAUGACCAUCUGCGUGUACGGGUUCGGUUGGCUGCGAGACCUCUAUCGCCAUGUCUUCGGCUUCUAUGUCGAGGAGGCUCUCAAGGCAGGUGAGGCUCAUGCUGGUAGCCAGCGGAGAGCACAUCGCCAGGCAGCGCCCGCUGCAAGUCUCGUUGCUGCUGUUAUGCAUAACAUUACAGGAACGCCUUCCAGUGCGGGUGGUGGCAACGCAGGUGGCGGUGGCAGUACUAAUAGAAGUUCAAGUACCAAUGGACACGGGCGAAGGACGGUGAGCCAGUGAAGAGGCUCCAUGGUGGCGCAUGAUGCCCAUAUGUCCUACCUGGUCUCCCGGAAUCGUACCCUGAUAUGGCCCCGUCACGAACAAGGCUUGCUAGCAGGCACCAGCCACCUAUACCUCGGGGUUCGCGGUCUUGGAACAUUUCCUCUUAAAUCUCGAAUACCCCGUGCACUGCCAUCUCUUGUAUAUAUACUUGGCACCCAGCUGGCGUCGGCAACCACUGAAUUGGACUCGAACAUCCUAACGAAGAUACCACGAGAACAGCACCUGCGGAAAAUGGGCCUCACAUAGAUAUUUUACAUAAUAGCAUAUACUCAAGCGUAAUGCGCACAUUUUGCAC